AAUUCGGAAUAUAUUAAUAAUUAUAGUUUAAGAGAAAUUAGCUAAACGUGUUUCAAAACAGCUACUGACCAAGCUAACCCGUCCUGUGCACUGUUAGCUAACUGACGUGUUUACCAUUAGCGCCAACGUUAGUCAGUCAAUCAAUCAAAUAAUCAUUUAAAGUUGCUGUAUGUUUGUCAAUGGUAAGAACCAACGUGAGGUUGAACUUUAGCGCGAGUUUAGCUUAAGUUAGCUGGAGGAAUUACAACAGAUGAGGAAGAUGAGGCAUAUAGCUGAUGGAAAGCUCAGACAAAACACGGCUGACGCUUGUGGAGAGACUCCAACAGAAAUUAACAUCAACCCCGUGCCUUUCAACAUGAACCAAAACAGUGCAGUGUGUCUCCCCCUGCUCUCUGAGAGUCAGAAGCUUAUAUGGGUGCAUUCAAACCAGAUCGACGUACAGCUGGAUGGUGCAGCGGAGCUGGACAAGGCCUUCGACAUGUUCCCGUACCUGACACAGAAAGAGACAGCUGCACUGGCGCAGCGCUGCUCCCUGCUCCCAGACCAAGUGAAGGUGUGGUUCAUGGCACAGAGACUCCGCUAUGGCAUCAGCUGGGACUACAAAGACAUCCGACAGGUUCAGAAGAAGUUCAAGUCAAGUGAGGGAAAGGCUCUGAGAAAGCAAGAUCUGCAAAACGGGAUAGGGGAAAUGGUAAAAAAGAAAAGAAGAGAGAAGAAGAAAAAAAAGAGAGAGGUAAAAGAAUCUGACGGGAAGAAGGAAGGAAAGGUCAGGGAGGAACAGGGUGCAAAUGAGGGAAGGAUGAUGGGAGAAAGUGUUAGGGCUAAUAAGCGAUUGGAGAGAAACAUGGUGCAGGAGCAACCGUUGAAUAAAGACAUAAAAGUGGCGAAAGUUGAGGGAGACAAAAGGAAUACUCAGAAAAGGCGGAAAAGGAUGGCAGUGCCCAACACAAUGGGAAAGAAGAGGAUGAGGCAAGGCAAUGAUGGUAUUUUGGGGAGAGCUGGAGAUGUAGAAAGAGGUGAUCAAGUCGAGAGGGAAGCACAAAAAUCCAUCCAGUCAGAAAGAACACGUCCCACCAGAGCGAAGAAGGAAAAAGCAAACAAAUUGAUGUCUGUCAACGAGUGGCCUGCUGACAAGACCUUUGUGGUGCCCGAUGAGCCCCUGGAUGUGAGUCCUCUGCUCUUUAAUGUACCUCCACUGAGUGACAAGCAGACAGAAGUGCUGGAAAGAGUUGAUGUCAUUCCCCCUCCCACCCGCUAUACCGGUAUGACCACUGUAAACAGCGGUUUUGAGGGGAAACCAGAAAUGGAGACUAGGCUAGAGAGAGAAGUCAGUGCAGAGUUAACAAACAACAUUUUCGUCACUGAUGUUGGCAAACUGAAGGAGCUCCUGACCAUUAGUCCUGUUGUCGACAGUUCAUCCACCUGCAACCCACAGCAGGCCUCUCAUGUGAUAGACGCAUGCACCCUUCACAGUCCGGUCCACUGCAGCGCAAAGUCGCAGAGUCAGUUGAGGAUGAUGAAGAUUGCUUUUGCCCGCUGCCAGUAUCCAAAGAGCGAGGACUACGACCGCCUGGCGAUGUUGAUCGGCGUCCCUCGGUACGUGUUGGUUAAGUGGUUCGGGGACAUGCGCUAUUAUGUCAAGAAAGGGAAGCCCUCCUGGUUGAAUCGGGAGCAGCACAGCCGGGCGCUGGCCAACAUCAGGUACUGGCAGUAUGUGAAUGCGCUGGUAAAGGCACAGUCCAGUGAGGGCAGGAGAACCAGGAGGAAGAAGCCUGUGAGCAAAAGCUCUGGCAAGGAUGAAAGUGUGAAGGUGCCUCUACAGUAGAAACGAUGCCACAGCCUGUCCACCUAAUAUCCCACUAAAGGGAAUGAAGACGAAUCACCUCUUAUCAUUUGGAAAGAUGCAUCAGAAGCCAUUAAAUGUUUUACAAUUUGUGCAUUACUAGUAUUUUAGGGUCAAGCUGUUUGGCACGCAGUUGAACUUUUUGAAGUGUUUGUUAAAAGUUUGCUAAGUUCCCUCCCUAUGCUUUUAUUUUGAAUUUAGUGUUGUUUUACUGUUAGUUGUUGGUGAUUACUUAACAUGUUCGUUAACAUACAUGCACAGUAUUUUCAAAAAGUGAGUCAUUUGCAAUCCAGAUGCAGUUUUACAUCAACAAGUCCUCUUUAUGCUGUGCAGAUGUUUUUAUUGUCAUUCAAGUAAAGCGCUUUCAUUGCUUGUUGUUCGAA